ACAGACUCUGACUCGCUCCACAGUCCAUCAUCAUUCGCCGAGGCCUCUGGUGAUGCGGACGGUAAACGUUUUCAGUUGUGCCAACAGCAGGACUCUCCAUGCAGUGACGAGGUCCACGUCGCUGCAAUCAACGACAAGCAUGACAGAGCUCUGGAACAGCAUGCUUGGAGCACUACUACCAAGCCAUGUGGCCUGGCAUAUGAUUGCGAAGACUUUUCGGAUUGGUGCCUUAGUACUGACUGCGAAGACAAUACCGACAUCACAUUACCAUGUGUGCCUUCAGAAAUGAGCCCUGGGAAUGAGAGCACCAGCAGCGCAGAAACAACAACCCUGGCUGUACAGCUUGCCCUAUGGGCCACACAGACUCAAAUUCCCCUUCAACACCUUUCCACUCUGCUAAGUAUUCCUCAUCCGCACCACAACGAAUUGCCUCUUAAUUCACGAACACUAUUAUCAACACCCAGGAGCACAAAUGUUACCUCGUGCUGUGGUGGUGAAUUCAUCUACCUAGGAAUUUUGAAUGGCAUUAAGAGGUUGAUUGACAACUGCGUUACUUAUGUUUCUGAAAAUUUAGAUUUGCAGAUAAACGUUGAUGGCCUACCACUGUACCGCAGUCAAACCAUAUGUUUUUGGCCCAUCCUCAUUGCUGUUGUUGGGUGCAUCCCCCUUAAACCAUUUGCAGCUGCCAUUUAUUGUGGAAAAUCAAAACCAAACUGUGUGGAUACAUAUUUGGCGCCAUUCAUUUCAGAAAUGAAAGUGCUUAUGACUGAAGGAUUCUCGUACCGCAAUAAGCUCUAUACUGUGUCACUUCAUUCCAUUGUGUGCGAUACACCAGCCCGAGCGUUCGUGAAGUGUAUCAAAGGACAUACAGGCUAUCAUGCGUGUGAAAAAUGUUUCGUUCGUGGCGAAUAUUUCCCAGAGGGCAGAAAGGUUGUGUACAUGGAUCGCGGUGCACGAAAGAGAACCGGUAGUAACUUCAAUCUUCAGGAGGAUCCGGAACACCACAACAGACCCUCACCACUCUUGGCACUAGGGGUCGACUUGGUUGCCCGGGUGCCGUUAGACAGCAUGCAUUUGGUAUACUUGGGUGUGGUGAAAAAGAUAGUAACUGGCUUCUGGUUCUCAUCACCAGUGACAAAAACAAAGUUAUCACAGCCUGCGAGGCAAGCUAUUUCCAACGGGCUUCUUGAUCUAAAAGCAUGGGUCCCUCGUGAGUUCAACAGAAAACCCAGGUCUUUAGUAGAUAGCAAAUUGUGGAAGGCAACUGAGUGGAGACAGUUUUUGUUCUACACAGGGCCACUGGUACUGAAAAAAGUCCUCGACACAGCAGUGUACCAGCACUUUUUAGCUUUAAGUUCUGGAAUCUAUAUUUUAAGUAAGAGCUGUACUUCUGAUGAAAUGCUUGACAUUGCAGAGUCACUGUUGUGUUCUUUUGUUGCUAACGGACAGUCAGUCUAUGGAAAGGAAAUUUAUGUGCUCAAUUUUCACAGCUUAAUUCAUUUAGUUGACGAUGCCCGCCGGUUUGGUGCCCUUGACACCUUUUCAUGCUUUCCUUUUGAAAACUACUUGAAAGAGCUGAAGCAGGUGGUUCGCUCUCCACACAAGCCACUAUCACAAGUAGUUAACCGAAUCACUGAAGAAAGAAGUUUCUGUUUUGAGCACCGCGAUUCAGCCAUUGUCACUUUCAAAUUGGAACACAACGAGGGACCCUUGCGUAGGGAUGACCAUGGUGCUAAACAGUAUAAACGGGUUGAUCUCCCAUCUUUUUCUGUGUGUACUGUAUCUGUAUGUGACGCGGACUGUACAGUGGAGCUCAUUGAUGGGAGCAUUGUUGUGGUCAGAAACAUUUUGAAACACAAUGGCAGAAAUGUGAUUUUAGGUAACGUCUUCAAAAGUCUUGGUGACUUUUAUGUAGCACCUGUGUCUUCCUCUUUGCUUGGUGUACGCAUUACUAACGAACUGGGUGACAAACUAUUGUGUUGGGAUCUUGAGUCCAUCAAGUGCAAAAUUGUUCGUUUCCCACUGGCUAAAGGUUUCCUUGUCAUUCCUCUACUUCACACCACGUAAGCAUAGCUCUCUGUAUAUGUGUUAUGACUUAAGUUUGUCACUCUUGAUCUUUAUUUGUGUGAUGUGAGUGGGUGCAGAGUCCUCGCCACAUAUGACUCAAUGCUGGUAGGUUCUCCAUUAAUCUAUUGCGUGUUAUUAAUUGAACCUCUGUAUGCAAUAAGGCGAUAAGUCGAUUUAUCCCCUUUUUGCAAUUUUUGCUGCAAUGACAUCUACAUACCAGUAUGUACCUGCCAAAGAAAAUUUAGGACCGUAUUGCAAUCUGAUGGCCUGCUACAGGAGGGUAAGAAACGGGAAAUGCAUGGGUGUCAAUGGGACGGACAAUCAGAUCAGGCCACUUUUCUCGGUUUGGGAUUUUUCGACAUAUCCCCUUAUUGCAUACAGAGGUUCAAUUAGUGUUGUUUAGAUGUGCAUAAAUGUAUGCCAAUUCUACUCCGUUGAUCAAGCACUCAACCCAGUGCUAUAAACGUUACGCGAUGGUGUAAUACGGUGUAAGGAUUUUAAAUUACCCAGACAACACAUCCAUACAGUGAGCUACGUGUUUGAUUUCAUGAAACAGUUCAGCAGUUCUGUUUGCUGGUUUUUCAUUCUAUGCUACAGACCUCUAAACUACUGUAAUGCAUAUAUUGCAGUUUUACAUGUUAUCUUCAGUUUACAUCAUCAAACAUGUUGCAUACUCUGCCAGUGCGUCUGUACAAUAUGGGUAAUUUGUAAUUGAC